AUGGUGACUAUGACUCCUGCGACUAUCCCGGACAAGCAUUUCAAGGCCCAGGCGUCCCUCAAUGCAAUUGUCUCUCUCCUGAGUCAAGGUCAAAAAGACCGUCUCCUUUUCCUGCGCUCGAAUCCACAUUUCAGCACUGCCUCCCUCGCAAAGAAUGCAGCCGAUCCGGCAGAGAAUGCCCGUCGGGCUGGGCUCGCAAGGGCGCUUGGCGGGUUCGACUACGGCACUGCGUUGCGCUCCACUGUCAUUGUCAAGGAACUAUGGAAGCUCAUCGCCCAAGCGAGCGGCCAUCACGUGAGGCCCUUGCCCAAGGCAGUGGAGAGUGUGGUAAGCGCCCCCAAACUCCCGAACCUCCCUAAACCAAGCCCACUGUUGCCCCCCUCCCCCGGAUGCCCGGUUCUGGCAUUGUUGGGGGAUCAGAGCGUAAUUCUUGAAUUCGGGUCCGGCGCAGCUCGUACAUCUGGUACGGGUGGCCGAUCCAGAUUUCCGCCCAUGCAAAAGAGGGCAGACGUAUCGUCGGUAUCCGACUCCUUCCGCGCCCACCAGGGCCAGCUUGUCGGGAUGUCUCAUGGGCAAGGGACACUCCACUCGGGACAGCACAAAUACCGUACACUGGUCGAUCAUCUCAUAGGCCACGGCAGCGUCCUGUACGACGUAUCUGACCUGCCGAUCCACCUGCUGGCAAAGGGCCGGAGGGACUGA